AUGGCCGUUUCAGUCGCCGUUGUUGGAAUGGGCCCUCUAGGGCUCAUAGCGUUGAAGAUCCUCAAGGAGGAUGGAUUUGACGUCUCCGGGUUCGAGAAGCGAAGCUGGGUGGGAGGGCUCUGGAAGCAGUCGUAUGACUCUACUCUCUCGGUCACGGAGAGGACUGUUUUCAACAGCAGUCGAUUCCGCAGCGCCAUCUCAGACUAUCCAUUCUCGGACGCAAUAGACGAUUUCCCGACGGCCAGGCAGAUCUGGCAGUAUAUGGAGAGUUACUGUGACAACUUUGGACUGCGCCCGCAUAUCCGUCUCAAUGCAGAAGUCAAGACGUUUUCGCGAGUCCAAGACAAAUGGGCCGUGGAAUACGUGCAGGAUGGAUCCAUGAGCACCGGCUUUUUCGACAAGCUGAUGAUUUCACCCGGCACUUUCGUCAUUCCCCGGUCACCCAAAUUGAAGGACAUCGCGAAGUUCGAGGGAGACGUCCUGCAUGCACUCAAUUUCCCCAAUCCGUCUCGGUUCCAAGGGCAGAACGUUCUCCUGGUAGGAUUUCGCGCGACUGCACAGGACUUGGUUGUUGAACUGGCUCCGUACGCCAAAAAGGUCUACAUUGCGCACAGGAAUGGACUGCUACUGGUUUCUCGCUAUGCUGCGGACGGCAAAGCUUACGACCAGGCGCAAAGCGUGUCGUUCAUGUUCAUACAACUUUUCAUGGAAAAAUGGUUUCCGAAUCUCUGGGGAUCGUUUCUUGACAAGAUAUUCGCGAGGAUGUCGAAGAAGUCCUUCCCGCACCAGCCCGAUGAAUGGGGCCUUACACCAGCACCGUCGGUAGCCACAACGCCGCCUCUGAUAGCCGACGCCAUCUAUCCUCAUCUCAAGAACGGGUUUGCGGAACCCGUGUGGGGUGUUCAAGAGAUCAUCGGACCAAACACCGUCAAGUUGAUCGACGGCCGAGUGCUCGACGACAUCAACACCAUAAUCUACACAACCGGUUACGAGUCGGCCGUGACCUGUGCACCGAAGGAAUACAACCCCUACCCAGUAGCCGAUGAACCGCCUCUUCUCUUCCGCAACAUCUUCCCGCUCCACUCCAACCCGGACGUUCGCAACUCGCUGGCAUUCCUGGGCCAGGGCGCCUUCCCGUUCCCGGGCUUCGUGCAAUUCGAGCUGGUGGCCAUGGCCAUAUCGCAAAUCUGGCAGGGCCGAUCGCACCUCCCGCCGCUCAGCCAGAUGCGCCAAUGGCACCGCUCGCACCUGGCCUGGCGCCAGAGCCUCGCCAAGAGAUACAACUCCAUGGCCUAUUUCGUCGCCGUCUUCCUAUCCGCGCCGGACCACAUGCGCUGGCUGGACCGCACGGCCGGCACGGGCAUAUUUGCACACUUUUCCUCCCCCUUUAGCUGGCGCGCGUGGCGCUUCUGGUGGGCCGACCCCGCGUUCUACAGACUGUGUAAAAACGGCCUGUUCUCGCCCGCCAUCUGGCGCCUGUUCGAUAUGGGCCAUGGGCGCAAACCCUGGGCUGGAGCAAAGGCGCAGAUCAUCGAGGACAAUCGGGUCGCUGAGGCGCGGCGGCAGGAGAGAUUGAGGGCCGUGGAGAAAGAGAAAUUGGAAGGAAAGCAAGGAGGUACCUAG